AUGUGUGACUGCGUCUGUGUGAUGUUUCUGUUUGUGCUUUUCAUGGGAGCCUUUGGAGCAGAAGAAGACACUUUGCUCUGUGAAAUGCUCGGUAGCCCAGAGUCUCCUCUGUUACAGAAGGAAGGAGAUAUCACUAUUGGAGGAGCUUUUUCCAUCCAUAGCCAAAUGUCAAAGACUCCACUCUCCUUCACAGAUACUCCACAACAUCUCACAUGCUCCAGGAUAAAUUUCAGAGAAUUUCGUUUUGCCCAAACAAUGAUGUUUGCCAUUGAGGAGAUCAACAACAGCAGCUCUCUGUUGCCUAAUAUCUCAAUUGGUUAUAAGGUGUUUGACAGCUGCGGUUCAACACUGCCUUCAAUGCGAGCUGUGAUGGGUCUAAUGAAUGGACAAGAAAGGAGUUUGGGAAAAACCUGCUCCAGCCAGUCAUCUGUUCAUGCCAUCAUUGGAGCCUCUGAGUCCUCCUCAACCAUUGUGAUGCUACAAAUUUCAGGGAUUUUCCAAAUACCAGUGAUCAGCCACUUUGCAACUUGUGCUUGUCUGAGUAACAGAAAGGAGUACCCCUCCUUCUUCAGAACCAUCCCCAGUGACUACUAUCAGAGCAGAGCCUUGGCAAAACUGGUCAAACACUUUGGCUGGACGUGGGUUGGGGCGGUUAGAAGUGACAAUGAUUACGGUAACAAUGGCCUUGCAACAUUUAUCACAGCUGCAAGUCAGGAGGGGGUCUGCAUUGAGUACUCAGAGGCCAUCUCAAGGACUGACCCCAGCGAGCAGGUUUCCAGGGUGGUCAGAGUGAUCCAAAGCGGCAGUGCAAGGGUUUUAGUGGCCUUCCUCGCCCAGAGUGAGAUGGACAUUCUGCUUGAGGAAGCUCUGAAACAGAACUUGACAGGGCUGCAGUGGGUGGGCAGUGAGUCCUGGAUUACAGCAGGUCAUCUUGCUACUAAGAGCUACUCAGGAAUCCUGACAGGGUCUCUGGGCUUCACUAUCAAAAAGACAAAAAUCACAGGCCUGCGGGACUUUCUUUUGCAGGUGAACCCAAGUCAAGACCCACAGAAUAAUCUGCUGAGAGAGUUCUGGGAAGCCACAUUUGGUUGUAGUUUCCAGUCCAGUCUGCAUGGUCAGACCCAGUGCUCUGGCUCGGAGAGACUACAGGACAUUGACAAUCCUUUCACAGAUGUGUCAGAGCUACGGAUAUCUAACAAUGUGUAUAAGGCUGUGUAUGCUGUGGCUCAUGCCAUGCAUAACAUGUUAGAAUGUGGACAAAGUGGUGAAGUGGUGAAUCAGUCGUGCAUCUGGAAAGAUGAUUUUGAGCCAAAACAGGUCGUAAAACACCUCCAAGAUGUGAAUUUCACUCUUCAGUCAGGAGAAAGAGUCUAUUUUGAUGGCAAUGGAGACCCUGCAGCAACUUAUGAGCUGGUGAACUGGCAGAGAAACCCAGCAGGAGAUAUCAUGUUUGUGGCUGUAGGGAGCUACGAUGCUUCACUACCAAGUGGGAAGCAGUUCACCAUGAACGGAAUAAACAUAACAUGGGCUGCCGAAUCCCCAAAGAGGCCGCAGUCCGUCUGUAGUGAGAGUUGUCUGCCAGGUUUCCGGCAGGCCGUGAUUAAAGGCAAACCUAUCUGCUGUUUCUCCUGCAUCGCCUGUGCUGCUGGAGAGAUCAGCAAUUCCAGCAAUUCUGCAGAGUGUUCCUCAUGUCCACUGGGGUACUGGUCAAAUGAAGAUCACAGCCAGUGCGUUCCAAAGGUGAUCGAGUUCCUGUCUUAUGGAGAAACCAUGGGGGCCCUCCUCACUGCUUUCUCAUUGUUCGGAGCAAGUUUAACUCUGGCGGCGUCAUGUAUCUUCUUUCAGUUUCGUCACACACCUCUCGUCAAAGCUAGUAACUCUGAGCUGAGCUUCCUGCUGCUCUUCUCCUUGACUCUGUGUUUCCUGUGCUCUCUCACCUUCAUCGGCCGACCCACUGAGUGGUCCUGCAUGCUGCGACACACAGCUUUUGGCAUUGCCUUUGCCUUGUGCAUGUCUUGUAUCUUGGCUAAAAACAUAGCAGUGGUGAUUGCUUUCAAGGCGAAAAGGCCAGCAAACACAGUCCCUCAGUGUUCUGCGCCGCUUCAGAGAACAAGUGUUCUCAGCUGUACUUUACUGCAGGUUUUACUUUGCGUGGUGUGGUUAACUCUUGCCCCUCCAUCCCCCUACAAAAAUACUGCUCAUGCCACUGAAAGGAUUAUUCUAGAGUGUGAUUUAGGUUCACCUGUAGGGUUCUGGGCUGUCUUGGGGUACAUAGGACUCCUGGCUGUGCUAUGCUACAUCCUUGCUUUUCUGGCUCGAAAGCUGCCGGAUAAUUUCAAUGAAGCCAAAUUCAUCACUUUCAGCAUGCUGAUAUUCUGUGCAGUCUGGGUCACUUUUAUCCCAGCUUAUGUCAGCUCUCCAGGGAAGUUCACUGUAGCUGUAGAGAUAUUUGCUAUUCUGGCCUCCAGCUUUGGGCUACUUUUCUGUAUAUUUGCACCAAAAUGUUAUAUUUUACUGUUAAAACCAGAACAAAACACUAAAAAACACAUGAUGGCGAGAACCCAGUCAAACUUACCAUAA